CUACCAAAAAAUAAAUGUUUCAUACAUACCGCGCCACUUAUUUUGCAAUGAUGGCGAAUUCAAAUUCUGCGCAAAUAUUUGGUACUAAAAUAUCUAUAGAUUCUUCUAGAAUAAGGGUUAGUUCAGUGUUGAACAAGGAUGUGAAGCAGUUUGGAAAGAAACACUUGGUAGAUGAACUAGAGGAGACUUGUUGGAACUCGGAUCAGGGUUCACCCCAGUGGAUCUCUGUGGAGUUGGAGUCCCCCACUGAGGUGUGCGAGAUUGACAUGCAGUUUCAGGGAGGGUUUGUAGGGCGAGACUGCAGCCUGGAGGGGCGACUGGAGCCCGGCACAGACUGGGUGAAACUCCAGGACUUCUACCCACAGGAUAAGAAUGGAGUUCAAACUUUUCAGCUGGAGGCCGUUAGGCAGAAACUUCAUGCGCUGAAGAUUGUGUUCAAUACAAGCACAGACUUCUUUGGAAGAAUAACCAUCUAUAAGCUAUGUCUGAGGGGCCUGCACAGCUGAUCAUAAAAAGUAUUUAUGUAAAACCGGUGCAAUUCUUUUGUGAAAUCAGGCCUUGUUUUCACAUAAUAAUGAAUAUUCUUUCAUAUACAUUUAUAUGUUUAUUUUGGAAGUUUGCCAUGCGUUUUUCACAUGGAGUUGUUGAUAUUUAGUGUGAACAUGUUUAGUUUACUGAGAAAUAAUACUUUGUAUAUUGUAUGAUGCUCUUACGAGUAAGAAUCAAGCUAUACAAUACUGAUUGAUGUGAAGUCAUGAUUAAGGGUGUUGAAAUAACAUGUUUUAAACAUUAUAAUGUGAUGUAGAGUAAAAGUCAUCCAAUAAUCCUUAAAUAGUUUAGUAUUUCCUGAAAGGAGGAAUAUAGUAAUCACAGUGUCCAUCUUACCGACUGUUUGUCUGUUCAUCAUUCUGUCCAGCUUCUUGUGCGGAGCAGAAGUUGUGAAUGAAACUAAAAAUCAUGAUAGCUCUAGGCAUUAGAGGAAGUGCAGAGUACAAGAACCGUAACUCUAAUUAGGAUUUGCAGAGUUAUUGCCCUUAGUCAAUUUUCCUUAACAGAUGAGAACUCCCUUAGUUUUUAAGGUAUUCAAAUUAAAUAUAUUUAUUGAUAGAGGACAUUGAGAGGAAGUGCAGAAAACAAUAACAGCAACUCAUAUCAGUUGUGUGGAAUUAUUUUACCUUGUCUAGUGUAGAGCAUUACUGCAAGUAUUGAAUAUAUUCAAUUGAAUCUU